AUUAGACUACUGGUCAUGUGAUAAAUUUCUGGGGAAUUCAUGUUCCAUAUUAAUCACUUCCUCUUCUACAUCUACCAAAUUUGCAGCCAGAUUUAGCCAGUUAAUCUGAGCUUUAUAAUUAGAAAUGGCCUCAGAUGAGCUUGCCAAAAAACUACAGAGGCGCUGUCAAUUGAAUGAGGAGAAGACAGAGGAUGAAGUUGACUUGAAUAUUGGAUCAAAAGCGACAACUGAAAAUUCCGAAACAUCUUCAGAACUUUCCAACAAAUUGCAGCGACGAAAUCAAAUUAUUGAUACUUUGGAGGAUGGAGGUGACGUUGAAAAAGUGUUACCUUCAACGCAAGUAUUUAACCCCUACACUGAGUUCAAGGAAUUCACAAGAAAACAGAUUAUCGACUUUCAAAAAACAUUCAACAAGUAUGACACAAAGAAAGAUAAAUUCAUUGACUUUGAUGAGCUGAAGGUAAUGAUGGAGAAACUUGGGGUACCACAAACACACUUGGCGCUAAAGGCUAUGAUAAAGGAAGUAGAUGAGGACAACGAUAAUAAAAUCAGUUUCAAAGAGUUCUUGCUGAUAUUCCGCAAGGCAGCUGCAGGAGAGCUAGAAGAGGGGAGUGGCUUGUUGGAUCUCUAUAGCAACAUGGAAGAGAUUGAUGUCCACGCAGAGGGUGUGGGAGGAGCGAAGAGUUUCUUUGAAUCAAAGAUUAACAAACUGACCAUUGAUUCUAAAUUUGAGGCUGAAAUUAAAGCAGAGCAAGAGGAAAAACGCAUAGAGCAACAAAUGAAGGCUGAGAAGCAAGCAGCAUUUAAGGACAAGGCAAACUUUUUUGCAGCAGAAAUUGUCAAUGCAGGGAAAUAAACCAUAUGGGAAUAUUGAAAUGUGAUAUCAACAGUCCCUAAUCAAAUCUCUAUGUCCCUUCUGUUGUUUAAAGUCCCCGUGUAAUGUUUGAAAAUAUGUUUUUAU